AUGUCUCUUCCACCGUCCUUGUACCGUUACUCUUCUUUGCCGGAGGACAGUAUUCGCUUGCUUCGGCUAUUGCCGCAUCAAGACGAGCAUGCCCCCAUACAAUGCCAGCUCUUCGACUGCGCCCUACUAGACUCCGGAAGCACCCGUCCACAACUGCGACUUGCCCGUCGGGGAAAACCUUUACACCGCGCUGUUACAUCUUCGGGAUUCCUCCAUCGAACGAACCAUAUGGGCAGAUGCUGUUUGCAUCAACCAACGAGACCCAAGGAAAAGGGAAAGCAGGUCCAAUCUAUGGCGAAGAUCUAUGCCAAAGCAAGUGGCGUAAUUGUUUGGCUUGGAGAAGCGACACCCGACGGCGGUCAAGCACUCGAAGACAUACGCAUCGCAGCAGCGCAGCGUACGAAGCUCUCAAUCAACGAAAGCGCAAUCUUUAGACUGCUCGAGAGGCCUUGGUUUCAACGCAUCUGGGUACUUCAGGAGGUUGCUGCAGCCCGACAUGUGCUGAUCAAAUGUGGUCCCAUCGAGAUUGACGGAUAUGCGUUCUGUUCGGGCCUAAGUGUAUUGAACCUGUCCUAUGAAGCCCACCCAAGUCUACAGCCUCUGAUUCGCUCGGUCGCCUACCUCAUCAGGGGUGCGGCCUUCCGGCCUAGAUGUGCAACCAAUCGGUCAGGCAGGUUUUCCCUAGAUAUAUGCUCUCUGGGCGAACUGGUGGACAUGUACCACACUCGGAAAGCUACUGAGCCCCGCGACAAGGUUUAUGCCUUGCUCGGCAUGAGCUCUGAUGAUCCUAGCAUCGCAGGGUUAUCGGUCAAUUAUGAGAUAUCAUGGGGAGAAGUCUUCAAGCAACUCGUCAACUUCUUCUUCCCUGAAAGGGUGUCUGUGGAGACUUGGGGCGGUAAGGAGAUAGCAGUGAUCAGGGGCAAGGGCUGCGCUCUGGGCCAAGUGUCUUCAGUCGAAAGAGAUGUUGACCGAGAAGACCAACAGCAUGUGGCCAUUACUUGGGAAAAGGAGUCUAUCUAUGGAGCGCCAGAUUCUCGCUGGACCCUCCAGGCCUCAGCAAAAUCAGUUCAGAAAGGGGAUGCUAUCUGCCUUUUGCAAGGAGCCUCAACGGCUACAAUCAUCAGGCCAUGCAACCAUUAUUGGGCCGUUGUAAUGAUUGCAGUUCCUCUCCCAGACCAUCCGCAAUCUGCGAGCAGAGACACCAAGUCAGAACUUUUACGAGUGACAACAGCAUUCCCACAUGACCUCCUACUUGUCUGGGACUGGAAUGUGUAUCCAGACGAGUCGCUGGAUAGAAAAGACUACGAACAUUUCAUGGGCACAUCUGUGUCAAAGUAUCCAAGGACGGAGUUAGAGGAUCGCCUGGACACAGCGAUUAGGCUGCGGGACACCGGAGUGGUAUUGGAAUACAUGAGGAGAUUUGAUGCGGCAGAGAAAGCUUUCCGCAAAGCAACAGAGAUUUUGGAGAGUGCAUUGACAAGCAUGGGCCGUCUAGAAACAGCUUGCUCAGGUCACGGCCGUUGGAGAAAAGAAGAUGUAAAGAGGCUAGAAGGAAUGGUAGGUCUGCUUAUCAAGAACAAGGGCGGAUGGAUGCCGCUGUGGUUAGGAGCAAAGAACGGGCGCGAGGCGAUCGUCAAGCUACUACUCGGCACCAACCAGGUCGACCCGAACGCCAAAGAUGGGCAUGAACGAACGCCGUUAUCAUUAGCAUCAGAGAACGGACACGAAGCAAUCGUCAAGCUGUUGCUCGGCACCAACCAAGUCGACCCGAACGCCAAAAAUGGGCAUGUACGAACCCCAUUAUCAUUAGCAUCAGAGAACGGACACGAGGCAAUCGUCAAGUUGCUGCUCGGCACCGGCAGAGUCAACCCCGGCGCAGCGGAUAGUCUCUUUGGAGAGACGCCGAUACUUUGGGCGGUGAGGGGUGGGCGCGAGGCGAUCGUAAAGCUGUUGCUCGACACCGGCAGAGUCGACCUAAGUACCCACGGAGAGACUCUAUUACGGCAGGCUGUAGCGUCGGGGCACAAGGGGAUCGUCAAACUAUUACUUGACACCGGCAAAGUCAACCUAAACGCCAAAGAUAGGUAUGGACGGACGCUGCUAUCAUUGAUGGUAAAGAACGGCAAUGAGGCGAUCGUGAAGCUACUGCAAAUUGCAUAA